AUUAUCGUCAGCGUGAAAGGGAACAACAACGUAAACGGCGUGAAAUUAAUCGUCUAUUUUCACAUGAGCACUUAGCUACUAUUACUACGCAAGAAAUACACUUACCAUCGCUUGAAGCUAAUAUAUACUUAAAAAACCCAGUUUUUGAAAUUGACUUUGCGUAUGAACAUCCUUAUAUAGACGGAAGUGGUUAUAAAGUUUUGUUGGAUAGAAAUGGGCUUAUUAAAGGAAACGCAGAUGAUA